GCUAUGGCUGGCAACGGUUGGGACCGGAACGCGGUGCCCCUGUGCGCGGGGGCGGUGCUGGGGGGCGCGCUCGUCUUAGAAGUGUUCGUGGUGUUAUUCCAGCUACGACACGAAGACGGCGACGGGCACGAGCACGAAAAGGGGCAGCCGUUCCCGUUCUCGUCGCUGGUAUCCCUGCUCUUCCUGCUCGGGAACGCGCUUGAGAAUGCACGCCGCUUCAUCACCGCCUCACCCAGCACGCGUGGCGUCAUGCUUGCGGGGGCGGGACAAGGAUGGGAUUACUGCUACUCCUGCCAGACCCACGUGCCUCCCCGCUGUGCUCAUUGCUUCUCCUGCAGUGUUUGUGUCCUGCGGCGUGACCACCAUUGCACACUAUUGGGCCAGUGCUUGGGCUACCAGAACUACCGUUACUUCCUUUGCCUGCUGCUGCACGGGGCUGCUGCCCUGCUGUUUGGCUGCCUGCUGAAUGCCAAGGUAGUCAUGUUGCUACAACAGGAGGAAACUCCUGUCCGUACGGUCCUUCUGCUUGUUGUGCCAUGGCUCAUGCUACUGAUAGGGCAAGUCAGUUUCACAACCUUCAUUUAUGCCUUUGUGACGGAUGUCUGCAUGGUGGGUUUCCUCUUCUGCACUGGAUUCCUGCUCUUCCAUGCCCUGCUGACAUUGCGUGGACAGACAACCAAAGAAUGGUUUGAAGGUGACCGCCAGUACAACUUGGGAUGGUGGAGCAAUCUUCAGGAUGUCCUGGGAGAGCGGUGGUACCUUGUGUGGCUCUCGCCUUUUAUUGCCUCUCCUUUGCCAGGGGAUGGAAUCACCUUCCUAACCAAGAAACCCAAAUCUGAGCCACUCACCAAGUCCCGUGACUACUAAAGGUUUCUUUUUUGCUGCUUACCAGGGACAUUCUGGCUGGUGUGAAAAACUGAUGGCUGCCCCCACUGCCUGCCUUUGAUCAAAACUGUAGAUGACUUUACUGUGGAACUCUCAAUAUACUGCUCCAUCUGCUUUGGCCACUUUUCCCUCCACAGAGAUGCUUCUUUGGUGUUUGAAGUGGUUAGCUUAACUGAUUGGGAAGGAAGACAAUAUGGGUAAUGUCCUUCUGGGCCUACUUCUUCUGGACUUUUGUCAUCUCUGCCCAACGUUGGGGGGGGACCAAAUUUCUUUGCCCUCUUAGUGCUUUUCCAUUAGCUGUUUAGUGCUCAAUGUCCUCUCCCCCUUAUUCUCUUAGGCAGUAAGGAACAUUCAGCAGUUGGAAAUAUCAUGGAAGAGCUAUAUCAGCUUGGUGAGGAACUACCAGAUCGGUAGUAAUAGUGGAGAUUUUGUCUGAUGGUCUCUUUUCUUUCCCCUCUGCAACAGUUGUGGGGUUGGGUCCCUGGAGAAUGUACAGAACACAUCUGUCGAAGUUAACAGAGCUUGGGCUAGCGCAUCAUGAGGUUCUGCAAGUGCAGUAUGUUGGAGUUCUGGUGAUUUUUGUUUACUCGCCUCCUUUAAGAUUUUACCAGUUGCCUCACAAUAGUUGGCUGCUGCAGUUCUCUGCAUUGAUGACCUGGGGUCUUUUCAUAUGUGGCUUCCUCAAUAUUCAUUGCCUGUUUACUGCUCACAUUCCCCACUAAGUCUUUAAAAUGCUUCCCACCAAAUCCGGUCACUACUGAUAUUGUAAAUCUUUGGAGGUAAGCUCCUACUCUGGACUGCUACAAGGCCAGCAGGAUUGGGAUGCAGAGAGGAUUCUGGUGCCUCACUGUGUUAAGUCUAAUUAUGAUGUUGCCUUAUAUAGAAAGUCAAACCAUUGGUCCCUCUAGCCCAUGUGGUGGCUCAUGAGAUCCUGGGUACUGAAUCAAACACAUUUUGCACAGAGGGCAGGUUAAUGACCCUUCCUUUUCCCGUAAGAUGGGAAACAUUUAUCUAAAAUUGUACACUGAACAGGGCACUACGGGCAUGCAGCAGUAGAAAGGAGCAAUGGUGUUCUGAGAACUUCAGCAGACUCUCAGAAUAGCAACAAAUCCACAAACCUGCUUUUCCCAGAAAAUCUCUUAGCAACUCUCCAAGGGAGGCCUGGGAAAUGUUGUCAGCCCACGCACUUUGUGAGUAGUUGUAACUUCUUUGUACCUUCAGCAGUAAGUCGGCAUACAGUGCUAACAAAUCAAAAAGAGCUGGGGAGAGGCUUGGCAACACCACCAGGCUCUGGCGAUAUCCACCCGUUCCAUGGCACUGAGGAGUCGACUCAGCCAAACUCAGUGCAAAUCUCUUCUUAUCCAUGAACCCCACAGGGUGGCUUUGG